ACAGUCGCCUCUCUCCUUGUCCCGGAAGAAAGCAGAGGCGAGGCUUCAGGUGCUCCCGCGCCUUCGCCAGACGGAGCAUAUAGGGUGGUUGGCUCUACGUUUGUCAGAGGUUGAAACUCGGAGGUUUCGAAGUUGGCCAUGGCUGCUGCUGUUGUUCUGGAGCCCGCCAGUGAGGACUGGGAGCAGCCUCUUUUGAAGGGAGACGGAGACGAAAGAUCUAAGGAUGUUAUGGAAACAUUGCAACAAUACAAGAGCCGGUGGAGAUCCAUUCGAAUAAUGUAUCUCACAAUGUUCUUCAGCAGUGUUGGUUUCUCUAUUGUCAUUAUGUCAAUAUGGCCCUAUCUUCAACAGAUAGAUAAAACGGCAGAUCCAAGUUUUCUGGGCUGGAUUAUUGCUUCAUACAGCAUUGGUCAGAUGAUAGCUUCUCCAUUCUUUGGAAUGUGGUCUAAUUGCAGGCCAAGAAGAGAACCACUUGUGGUUUCAACUGCUAUUUCAGUAGCUGCCAAUUUCCUCUAUGCUUAUGUCCAUUUGCCCCCUUCACAGAACAAAUACUACAUGCUAGCUGCUCGAGCAUUGGUGGGGUUUGGUGCAGGAAAUGUAGCAGUAGUUCGUUCAUAUAUUGCUGGUGCCACCUCUCUUACUGAAAGAACUAAUGCCAUGGCAAACACUAGUGCUUGCCAAGCAGUGGGAUUCAUACUGGGACCAGAGAGCAUCAUGUAGAUGAUACGGGACGACCACAAAAUUGCAUUAAUACUGAAACUGAAGAAAAUAAUGAAGUGGUUCAAGAUAAUCAGCGAUACAUUGACCAUGUGGCUGUGGUAUCAACAAACUUUCUUUUCUUUGUUAUCCUAUUUAUUUUUGCAGUUUUUGAAACCAUAGCUACACCAUUAACAAUGGAUAUGUAUGCGUGGACCAGAAAAAAAGCAGUGUUUAUCAAUGGUUUAAUUCUUGGUGCUGUUGGCAUCGAAUCAGUGGCUGUGUUUUUAGCAGUUAAAGAACUUUCUAAAAGGAUUGGUGAAGGUGCAAUCCUCUAUGGAGGUCUAGUCAUUAUCUUGGUUGGAUUCUUUGUUCUGUUACCUUGGGGAAAUCAGUUACCUAAUAUCCAAUGGGCAGACAUAAGGAACAAUUCUACUCCAGGAAAGAUCUUUGGUGAAACCUUUACAUUUUUGUGGAUGUCACAAAUUGAAUUUUCAUCCAAUAAUACAGCUGAAGCAACAGGAUGUCCUAGUAUACAAUCUUGGUGCAGUUAUACUCCAGUAAUUCAUCUGGGCCAGUAUAUCACUUCUGACAUUCUAAUAGGAUUGGGUUAUCCAGCCUGUAAUGUGAUGUCCUAUACUCUAUAUUCAAAAAUUUUAGGGCCUACACCCCAGGGCAUUUAUAUGGGAUGGCUAACUGCUUGUGGAAGUGGUGCGCGCAUUCUGGGCCCAUUAUUUGUCAGUCAACUCUACAGUUCCUUAGGACCCCGCUGGGCAUUUGGUUUUAUCUGUGGAAUAGUCAUUCUUUCUCUCUUACUACUUGAAGUGGUGUACAAGAGACUUAUUGCAUUUUCAGUCCGAUACGAGAGCCUACAAGAACAGAUCUCCUAACUAUCUCUGCUCAGUCUUGUUUUACUCUAAUCAUUUGCUCUUUUCACUAUUUUGCAUCUUUGGCAGAUGGUUUAUAGAAUUAUCAUUCACCUAGACUGACAGUAUUUCUACCACAAGAUUUAUAUCAGUUUAAUACUGGAAAUGACAGACUGUGAUACAGUAGAUGUUAUUAUUUUGGAGCAGUUUUAAGAAAUGACACUAGUUCUAAUUAUAUACACUGGAUAUGUUUAAAACACAUUGAUUCUGUGAAUCAUGUCUUAAAUGAAACUCUAUUUAAACUGAACUUAAAAAGGCUAUUUAUUCUAAUGAAGUUUUAUGAGAAUGAUUAAUGUUUAUGCAUUUUUAUAAUUGGUUGGCUUUUUUAAAUUGAAUGUAUUUUAAGUAAAAAAUAGCAGAAACAUGC